AUGUCAUCUAUCGCCAGGCGCAGGCCAACCCGGCGCUCUGCCACCGCCCGCAGGAGCUAUGCUAGGGAAGAGACUCCCGAGGAGGAGGAUCCCGGCAAUGUCACCCCCACUCAGUCGCAGCACAAUGAGGAGGACAGCGAAGAAUACACCCCCGCCCCCAAGAAAGUCGUCAAGCGCAGGCGAAUCUCCGCCGACGUGUCUACAACAACUGCGUCUACGCCAAAUGCCGCGCGCACUACACGGAAACCGCGCAAGUCGACGGCCCCAGAGCAGCCGGAGGCGUCGCAACUCACCGAUACGAACGAGGAGGGCGAUAGCGUCGCGACGGUGAAAGAAAGUGAAACCCCUACGCAGAAGCCGGCUUCGGCAAGGAAAAUAAAACUCCUCACUCCCAACUCCAGAACCCUCCAUCUCGCCGAAAUCUCAGGCCCCAUCGCAGAGAAGCAGUGUACCCCCCUCGCCGAUAUAACCGAAACCGCAGUCAAUGAGACGCCGUCCAAGCGUGCCGACGAACAGAAAUCGCAAAUCAAUAUCAUCAAUCCGAACUCCACCGUCCUCGAUAAGCCGAUGGAUAUCAUGUUGAAGUCACGGUCGCUUGCUCCCUCAGCCCCCGAGGAGCCGGCAGAACCCAAGAGUCGCCUAAUUAUCACUACCCUCGUUCUGAUGAAUUUUAAGAGUUAUGCAGGAAAACAGAUUGUCGGACCCUUCCACGCCUCCUUCUCCUCAGUCGUCGGGCCCAAUGGAUCCGGAAAAUCCAACGUUAUCGACGCGUUGCUGUUUGUAUUCGGUUUCCGAGCCAGCAAGAUGCGACAGGGCAAAGUCUCGGCUCUGAUUCAUAACUCGGCCAACCAUCCCAACCUGCCCUUCUGUGAAGUCGAGGUCCAUUUCCAGGAGGUCUUCGAUCUGCCCACUGGAGGGCAAGAAAUAGUCCCAGAUUCCCAACUAAUUAUCUCGCGAAAGGCGUUCCGCAACAACACCAGCAAAUACUACAUGAAUGCCAAGGAAACAAACUUCACCACCGUGACCACCCUGCUCCGUGGCCGUGGGAUCGACCUGGACCAUAAGCGCUUCCUUAUUCUCCAGGGUGAAGUUGAGUCGAUCGCUCAGAUGAAGCCCAAAGCCGCCAACGAGCACGAAGACGGACUUCUCGAAUAUCUCGAGGACAUCAUUGGAACAUCCAAAUACAAGACACCGAUCGACGAAGCGGCCACCGAGCUUGAGGGGCUGAACGAUGUUUGUGUGGAGAAAAACAACCGUGUUCAGCACGUCGAGAAGGAAAGGGAUGCCUUGGUGGAGAAGAAAGACAAAGCGCUUGCAUUCAUUCGCGACGAGAAUGAGCUGUCUCAGAAACAGUCGGCACUUUACCAGAUCUACAUCGACGAGUGCGCUGACAAUAUCCGGGUUACCGAGGAGGCUAUCCUCCAGAUGCAGGAACUCCUGAACCUCGAGCUUGAGAAGCACGAAGGAAACGAGUCCGGCAUCAAGGAGCUUGAGAAGGCCUACAAACGCGGCAUGCGGGAAUACGAAAGCAUGGAGAAAGAGAUGCAAGCGAUUGCCAAGGAAAUGGCCAAGUAUGACAAGGAAUCUGUCAAGUUUGAGGAGAAGAAGAAAUUUCUUGUAGGAAAGCAGAAGAAGUUGGAAAAGACCAUGCAAACCACCCGUCUGGCUGCCUCGGAAUGUGAGAGCCUGGUGCAAAAGUUUUCGGACGACAUUGAGAAGAAGACAAAGGAAACAACGAAGCUUGAAAGCGAGAUGCAGGAGGAGGAGGAAGAGCUGACCUCGAUCCGUGAAAGCUUGAAGGGUAAAACCCAGGGUCUUUCUGAUAAGAUCGCUGCGAAACAGAAGUCAUUGGAGCCCUGGGAUGAGAAGAUCAACAAGAAGCUGUCGGCUGUUGCGGUAGCUCAAAGUCAGCUUGACAUCAUCCGCGAGCGAAGCAACGCUGGUGCUGUCUUGUUGGAAGAGGCACAGGCCAAGGUAGCUUCCAUUGAAGAAACUUUGGCAACCAAAGAGACCGAUCUUGAGGAGCGCAAGGCGCAGCAAUCGACUCUCGAAGAAGAGGUCGCAAAGCUGACGCAUGAUCUCAAGAAAUACGCACAGAGGGAGCCUGAAGUGCGCACCCAUGUCUCUAGUGCCCGCCAAAAGGCGGAGGAGGCUCGGGCAAGCCUUGCGAGCACCCAAAACCGGGGCAGUGUUCUUUCUGGGCUCAUGCGUUUGAAAGAAUCAGGCCGUAUCGAAGGCUUCCACGGUCGACUUGGUAACCUCGGAACUAUUGACCAGAAGUAUGAUGUCGCCAUUUCGACUGCUUGUCCUGCAUUGGACAACAUGGUAGUCGACACGGUCGAAGUCGGACAACAAUGUAUUGACUACUUGCGAAAGAACAACCUCGGCCGCGCCAACUUCAUCCUUCUGGACCGACUUCCUCGGAGAGACCUUUCCCCCAUCUCGACCCCCGAAAAGGUUCCACGACUCUUUGACUUGGUCAAGCCCAAAGAUGCCAAAUUUGCUCCGGCUUUCUAUAGCGUGAUGCAAAACACCUUGGUCGCCAAAGACCUGGAGCACGCCAAUCGGAUUGCCUAUGGAGCCAAACGGUGGAGAGUCGUCACGCUCAACGGCCAGCUCAUUGACAUGUCCGGUACCAUGAGUGGUGGUGGUACCCGUGUCGCGCGCGGCGGUAUGUCAUCCAAGCAAGUGGCCGAGACGAGCCGAGAGCAAGUGGCCCAGCUUGAGGGCGAUCUGGAGGAGAUGGAGAGAAAAUUCCAAAACUUCCAGGAGAAGCAACGGCAGAUGGAGGCAGCGAUUAGGGAAAGAUCCGAGGAGAUCCCGCGGGUGGAGACCAAGAUCCAAAAGAUUAUGAUCGAAAUCGAAAGUGCCAGUCGGAGCCUCGCGGACGCCCAGCGCCGGGUGAAAGAACUGCGCGCCGAACAUAAGCCAUCAAAGACAGAUGCAAGCCAAGCCGCGGCCUUUGAGGAACAAAUCGCCUCUCUGGAGGAAGAGAUCGAGGGACUUCGUGAACAGAAGGGCGGUAUUGAAGAGGAGAUCCAGAGCCUCCAAAACAAGAUCAUGGAGGUUGGUGGUGUGAAGCUACGAGGCCAGAAGGCAAAGGUCGACGGUCUCAAAGAGCAGAUCAGUCUUCUUUCUGAGGAGAUCUCCAAUGCGGAGGUCGGAAAGUCCAAGAACGAGAAGCUCAUCAACAAGCACCAGAAUGCCCGUGCUGAAGCCGAGAAAGAGCUUGAGCAUGUGUCCGAGGAGCUGGAGAAACUCAAUGACGACGUUGCCAGCCAGGCCAAUGAUGCGUCUGGCUGGAAGCAGAAGGUGGAGGAGGCCCAAGAGGCUAUUGACGAGAAGAAAGAGGGCCUCAAGAAGGUGAAGGACGAGCUUGAUGAGAAGGUGGCGGAAUUAAACGAAUCCCGCGCCACGGAGAUUGAAAUGCGCAACAAGCUCGAGGAGAACCAAAAGGCCCUGUCUGAGAACGAGAAGCGCGGCAGGUACUGGCAAGAGAAGCUUUCCAAGCUCACGCUGCAGAAUGUUAGCGACCUGGGUGAGGAGCAAGAAGCAACUGAUCUUCAGAUGUUUACCAAAGACGAGCUGUCGGAGAUGAACAAGGAGUCUCUGAAGGCGGGUAUUGCUGCCUUGGAAGAGAAGACGCAGAAUUCGGCGGUCGAUCUCAGCGUUAUCGAGGAGUAUCGUCGCAGAACGACUGAACACGAAGCACGUUCGGCAGAUCUGAACACUGCCCUCGCAUCUCGCGAUGGCGCCAAGGCUCGCCUUGACGGCCUCCGAUCGGCUCGUCUGAACGGAUUCAUGGAAGGAUUCGGCAUUAUCUCGCUUCGCCUGAAGGAGAUGUACCAGAUGAUCACCAUGGGAGGUAACGCGGAGCUCGAGUUGGUCGACUCAUUGGAUCCCUUCUCCGAGGGUAUUCUGUUUUCCGUCAUGCCCCCCAAGAAGAGCUGGAAGAACAUCGGCAAUCUGUCUGGUGGUGAGAAGACCCUCUCCAGUCUGGCGCUGGUGUUCGCUCUGCACCACUACAAGCCGACUCCCUUGUACGUCAUGGACGAAAUCGAUGCUGCCCUGGACUUUAGAAACGUUUCGAUUGUGGCGUCCUAUAUCAAAGAGCGGACCAAGAACGCGCAGUUUAUUGUGAUUUCCUUGAGAAACAACAUGUUCGAACUCGCGGCUCGACUGGUCGGCGUUUACAAGGUCAACCACAUGACGAAGAGUGUGACGAUCGAAAACAAGGACUAUAUCACCCGGCGAUGAUUGGCCGGACUGUGUUUAUGCAUGUUAUGACUGCUUUUUGGGACGGUUCUGCCGGUUAAGGGUGUGCGGUGUGGGACUGGAUAUCUGGAUAUCUCGCGGAUGAUGACGAUUUUCUUGUCUUUGUUUACGGUCGAUACUUUGUAUACUGCGAGGGUUGGAAUUCGGGUCUCACUGUUUUCGUUUUAUUCUUAUUUUCUUCUUUUUUUUUUUUAACUUCUUGUAUGAAUUGGACAUGAUAAUGUUUCUUC